AUGCAGUCAACACAACGUGUUGAAUCAAUAAAUGCACUUAUCCACAAAGCCGUUUCUGCUAGUUCUUCUAUGGCUAAUGUAGUUGAAGUGUUAGACUCCCGAAUGCAACAAGAAGCUAUAAAUAAGAGUUUUAUGGCAUGGAAAUACAAAUCAAUAACACAUCAACAACCAUUCAUUGUAGAAAACUUUUUUAAUAACAUAAAUAACAUAAUUAAAAAAUAUUUUUCACCACGAAUUAUUGAAGCAAUUCAUACACAAAUGUGUGAAUCUGUACUAUAUAAAUGCGAAAAAGUACCUAAUGAAGAAGCUUUUGAAUUUAUUGAAGAUCAAUUAGAUGAGGUACUAUUUGCAGAUAAUCAAGAUAAUGAAGGUAUUACAAAGAUUGAAGACCAUUAUGACUAUCAGCAGGCAUAUUUAAAGACAUUAAUGAAUUCGGUUUCAAAAGAAUUAAUUUGUGAAGUGUGGAGAAUUGUUCCUUAUAUGACAACAAGUUCAUAUCAGCAUAUUGUUCUUCUUAAGGAUGGAACGCAUUUAUGUACAUGCUUAUUGUUAGUUUUACAUGGAAUUAUUUGUCGACAUUACUUUAAACUAAUGGUAGAAAAUUCAAAUGCAUUGUUUCACAUAAAGAUGAUGCCAACACGAUGGUUUCGGGAUGAUGUUUGGAAUAAAGUUGAUUUGGCUUCUAGUGAACCUUUUGUUGGAGCAUCAUCUAAAGGUUUUAAAAAAUCCCAAACUGGUAUUUUACAGAAUACUUAUCCUAUUCCUAAACACUAUAACAAUGUUCAAGAAAGUCAGGUUCAUCAACACACACAUUCAAAAAUGUAUUAUGGUCAGCUUAUGGGACAGUUCAAAAAAGCGUUAAACUAUUCACUAGAAGAUAAUGAUCAAAAAACGUUGAAUGAUCUUAUUUUGUCUUAUAUUUCAGAAAAAGAAGCAAAGCGGAAAAUAGAUAUGCAAUCAAGACAAGAAAUCUUAAAAGAAAAUACGGAUUUAAAUUAUGAGAUUGAAUUGUCUAAUAGUCAUGUAUAUAAUGCAGAUAAUGUAAAAGAUCUAGUAAAACAUCGAGGUAAAGGUAGACCUCCAAACAAACGAAUAAAAGCUUAUAAUGAAAAAAAUAGAGUAGGUAAUCAAAAAGAGAAUAAGCAUGAAAGUAAUAAUAAUAUAGCCGAUAAUGAUAAUUCUAGUGGUCGUAAGUGUGAUUUAUGUCAUAACAUUGGUCAUUAUGCCCCAAAAUGCCCUACUAAAAAUAGUGAAUGUUAG